CGAACUUUGUUAUAUCUUUACCGAAAAAACAUAUCGCUUUUUGCUUGGAGCUUCCAUUGGCAUUAUGCAAUGGCCCGAUGCGUGUAAUAUACCGGGUGGCUCUGUCGAUGAUGGGACAGGUGUGGGAAGGAAGUCAGUUGGUAGUGAACGUACAUUCAAAAUAUUGCAAAGCAAAGAGGAAUUACAGGAAAUUGUUGAUUUUAUUUUUAAUUCUUCGUAUGAUGAACUAAAGAAACAUGAGCUGAUGUGUAGACAGGUUUCGUUAAGAAUAAGGUGGGCAACCUAUCGAUCCCGGCAGUAUACUAUGAAUUUAGCCCAACAUUCAGAUGACUCUGCAACCCUUCGCCGCGCAGUGGAUGGUUUACUGUUACCGCAUGCUGCAAAGUACUCAGAUAUGUCGUUACUGGGGAUGCGUCUGUUAGACCUUAUCUUUGCAAAAGACUUUCAUAUGAAAAAAAAGGGUGGUAACCAACUGUCUAUUUCACAAUUUAUUCGCCCCAAGAAGCCGGGUGAGGUAACAGCAACCACCGGUAUAAAAAGGGAGAGGACUACUGAACCGAAACAGGUUGUGGAAAUAAUAAUAUCAUCAGAUGACGAGGAUGAGAAUGAUAGUGUUGGCUUGGCAUCUAGCUCCACUAUACUCGUUUCAACUGGCAAAGGUACUGUGAGAGGGAAGUUACCAUAA